CAGCGCUCCCACCGCCAUGCCGGCAGCCGCCGCGCCCGCGCCCGCGCCACCGGCGCCGAGCCUGGACGCGCGUACGGGCGGCCGCGUCCUGCGCCGAGCGGCGGCGCACCUCCUCCACCCGGCCUCGCUCCCGCCGCUCCUCCUCGCGGCGCUCCUCCUCCUCCUCUUCCGGUCAGCCCUCUUUGCUGGCACGCUUCGCCUCUCCUCCUUCGCGGACCGCGAUCCCGCCCUCCGCUCCCUCCUUCUCCGCCUCUCCCCUCCCGCCCAGCCCUCCCCGCCGGCUCCGCAGCACCACCUCCCCCGCCGUCGGUCCCCCUUCACUUCCUCCUCGUCCUCCCUCUCAGACGACGACUUCCUCGUCGGACCCUUCGACCCGGUCUCCUCCGCCCCCUCCAGCCGACGCAACGCCUCCUACCACCAUCUUUUCUUCACCUCCUUCUCCACCCCCAAACCCUACCCCGUACCCCUCUCCCAGCUGCUCCCCUCAUCCGUUUCCCCCUUCCUCCUUGCCAUCCACAACGACACUUCCUCGCAGAAGCCUGCCUCGCCCCGGGGCGGUGAGCUCAGGCUGCUCGACCUGACCAGGCGCGACGCUGCGGCGAUCAUCAACCUCCUCGCUCUGCUCUCGUCUGCUCACGUGCUCGCGAUCCUCGGGUACAUCACAGUGCACUCCAUAGCUCUCGGCACGGUGUUCGCUUCUGUAGCGGGGCGCCACCUGCCUGAACGACGGCGAGGGUUCUUCCUUUCCGGUGCAGCAAUGGGCGCUAGGAGGCUCACUGGGUUUGCAUUCCUGCGGUGGGCGACUCGGGAUGCGGUUGUGCAGAUGCUCUGCCUCUGGUUCUUUGCUGACGUGCACGACCAGGCGCAGCUGUUCAGGCUCUUUGUGGUUGCCAAGCUCAUGCCGUUUUCGGCAUCUGCAAACCCAUGGCUUGCUGCAGCUAUUUCUGGCCCAGAGCUUGAUGGCUUCUUCAUUGCGUGGGCUCUUCUUGAUGCUGUUGUAUCGGUGUUGUUCACGGUGGUGCCAUGGGUGGUUGCAAUGGAUCGUGAUCCGCGUCCACCUGGCCGCAAUGCUGUGAAGGAAGGCUGCUAUCUUGUGUCAUUGAUGGCAACCGAUGCCACCUUGAUCAAGUGCUGGGAGACAGUGGUGUGUGGCAGCAUGGGGCGGCUCAUUAUGGUUACAUUUGGUGGCAAAGUUCUUGGCGGGUUCCUCCACUCAUUUGCAGAGGUGUACUUCAUGGUGGUGUGGCUGAUGUUCUACUUUGCAGCAAGGUGUAAGGAAUCACGAUUGGGUGGCCGUCAGUUUGGACUGGAGGAUGUGGCAGCUGCUCUCAGUUGAUUCAUUCAAUGGCGAGUUGACAUGGCCACAUCACAGUCUGACAUGGAGGCAAAUCUACCUGUCGAUGCAUGAACAGAGGUAUAUUUCAUACCUCUUAGUGCUCAUUCAUGCUGUAAGACUGGUCUUGGUGGAGUAGAUUUGUGUAGUUCUCUUGAUCUUCUGAUUUGUGCUUGGAUGAUAUAUGAUCCACAUGAGGGAGAGAGAACUUGACAAUGCAUGUAUGUACAGUUUUUGCCCUCUGUGUGCAAUCCAUGUAUAGUCACACCAUUUGGCAUA